AUUGCUGCGUUCUAUUGUCUGAUACCGUCAGUCUUUAUUUUAUAGUAUAUCAUAGUGCAGAGUUCAUUUUACGUAUUUGUUUACAACGUGGAAUUGAAUCAAAUAUUUUAUUUAUUUUUUAUGUGUGUGGAAGAUUAUUUGUGAUUAUUUUGAUAUAUGUUUAGAUGAUACCAUCAUGGAGUUUCGAAUUAAGAAGCGAGAUAAUUGCCGAAUCAACGAAGUGAAGAAAAUUCUGAAACCGGUGAAAUUCGUUCCGAAUCAGUACGGGGAUCGUUUCAUUCCCCGACGAUAUGCCCGAACCAGUGCCAGCCGUUUCAAGGCGGAAUGUAAAGCCGAUAGAGACACCGAUCUGAUGCGUAUGAAGGAACGGAAAGACUACUGGAAGUCCCACGCGUUUGCGGCAAUCUUCAACGAUAUGUUCAACUUGAGUCCGGACACGGAUAAGAUUCUUAACUUUCGAGACGCCACCAAUCAGGUUAUUUGCAAGAAGCUCGAGAUUAGAAAACCGGUACAGACUUAUUUGGAGCCGACAUACAAAAAUGUGCACAAGUUAGAUUGGAGUUGCAAGCCCCGCCCGAAGCCACUCUCGUUCAUCGAGUCAGUGCAUGAUUUACCGAGAAUCAAGGUGGAGUACACGAACAUUAUCGAUUGGUCGGCCAAAGGACACAUUGCAGCAAUUUUCAGUAAAAAGCUGGUUAUCUGGACUCCAAACACUGAGAUAACCAUUGCCUACUGUGCUCUACAUACGACGGGCAUUGCGUUCAACCCAUCUGGAGAUGUGUUAGCAAUGGCUACCUUUUCUCUUUCGAGACCAGUUCUUCGCUUAUUAAGCUGCUUUCAUCCCAAUGUAAAGGCUAAUGUGUCAAGAAUGAAAAUCUUCGCGUAUCUCGAUACCGACAUCAGCUGUUUGACCUGGGAUUGUACCGGUCAGUAUAUUGCAUGUGGCCUUGGCAAUGGUCAGAUAAUUAUCGUUCGUUCAAGUGACUUCGAGCACAUAAACCGUGAUGUCGCCGGUCAAACACACAGUGCGCGCGUAGUUGUGGUCAAAUUUUCUUACUCUUGCAAGUACCUGGCCUCAUCGGACGAAUCCGGUCAUUUGUACAUCUGGAGCUGGAGCAACUGCCAGUUGAGCCCUCUGACGGUCUGGAUUAGCAAUGAAGAAGUGGCUCUCUUUGACUGGCACCCAUGGCGCGAAGAGGAGAUCAUUAUCGCUGAUACCGAACCCGUUACGAUCGCACUGUUUCACGUGCCCAGUCGCAAGGUGCUCUCGUUUCAUCGCCGGCGCAACGUGGACUGCUUCAUUACGGCACUGGCGUUCAACAAGGUUUCCGGCGAGCUAGUGGUUUCCUAUUCGUAUCCUGCUGGAAAAUCACCAGACAUGCUAGUGCUUGCCUCAAUGGACCGCGUCGUGGACGUUAUGGAGAAUCACGAGGACGUUGUAGCGCACCUUUUCUGGAGUCCCGAUUGCAAACAGUUAGCAAGUGCCGGUUAUGAUGAGGCUCUAACUAUUUGGAACUUUUUCGGGACCUCACCCACCAACAAAAAGCACAAUUCGCGAUCGUUAUCAUCCAGCCAGCAGAGAAAUCGCAACAAGGAACCGAUGAGUGGCUUCGACUAUAGCUUCCUUUACAAACCAAUCCGUUAGUACACAAGAAAAUCAAAGCAACAACAUGCAUGUCACCGACGAAGGGAGGUAGAACAGCUAAAAUCACAAACUCGCAAGGUGCAGCCGCGAGGGCCUCCACAGUUGUUUGUUUUUCUAUGAAAUAUGACAUGCUUACAUGCUGCAACCCGCCCAGAAGCACCUAGAGCUCUCACCGUUUCAUGAGGAUACGGGGAGGGGCCUCCUGAACCAGCAUCGGCUACUAAUACCAAACUGCUGCUGCUUACGAGAUGCGAGCUACUCGACUCCCGACACUGGACGUCGUCGUUACCGUCACCAUAUCCUUUCCCCAAUCAUCAUGAUUGUUUAUAUGCAGCGGCGAAAUCUGGACUCGAAACACAGCGAAGGUAAUUAAAUUUAAAAAAAUAUAAAUUCUAAUUGAAAGCCACCCACGCGCGAACGUAUAGGAGAUAUUGCACCUCACUUGUGCUGGCA